CUCCUCCUCCUCCUCGUCCUCGUCCGUGGGACAAAAGAUGGCUCUGCAAACACGCAGUUGAUAUAUAGUUUUAAGCACAAUACUUAAGAAAAUAUAUAUCACUGUCGAUUGCAGCAUUUGGCCAUGAUAGAAAGCAAAAUGUUGAUUUCAAAACAUACAAUUUUCCUUGCAUUUUUCUUUCUUUUCUCUCUGUCCCAAACACCAGCUUUGGCCGCCAAAAAGCCAUAUAUUGUGUACAUGGGAGGUCAUUCACAUGGAAGUAAAAUGACAAACGCAGCUCUCAAGGAGGUCUCAGGAUCUCAUUACGAGUUCCUUGGAUCAUUCCUGGGAAGUACAAAGGAGGCCAAAGACGCCAUAUUUUACUCGUACAAAAGAUACAUCAACGGCUUCGCUGCAAUUCUUGAUGAGGAUCAAGCAGCAAAGAUUUCAAAGGAUCCAAAUGUUGUGUCCGUUUUCUUAAAUGGUUGGAAAAAAUUGCACACAACCCAUUCGUGGAAUUUUCUUUCGCUAGAAGAUAACAAUGGUGGUGUUGACUCGAAUUCCUUGUGGAAGAAGGCUAGGUAUGGAGAAGAUAUCAUCAUAGGAAAUAUUGAUAAUGGUGUUUGGCCUGAAUCAGAGAGCUUUAGCGAUAUAGGAUAUGGACCUGUUCCAUCAAGGUGGAAUGGAAUAUGUCAGAAUAAUACCAAGAAUGGAUUCCCUUGCAAUAAGAAACUUAUUGGAGUUAGGUACUUCUACAAAGGACGUGCUGCCAAAUGUGGCCUCAAAGACCAUUCAAAUUUCUCUGCCCGAGACACUCAUGGUCAUGGAAGUCACACACUAUCAACGGCAGGUGGGAACUUUGUGCCAAGAGCAAGUGUGUUUGGAAUUGGCAAUGGAACUGCAAAAGGUGGUGCACCUAGAGCUAGAGUGGCUGCUUAUAAGGUAUGCUGGCCAACAAAAUAUACUAGGGGUGGAGGAUGCUUCGAUGCUGACAUCCUCAAAGCCUUCGAUCAAGCCAUACAUGAUGGCGUCGAUGUGCUUUCAGUAUCUCUUGGUGGUGAUCCCACUGACUACUUCGAAGAUUCCAUUGCAAUCGGGUCGUUCCAUGCUGCUAAGCAUGGCAUUGUCGUGGUGACCUCAGCCGGGAAUGACGGACUGUGGCCUCAUAGCGUCACCAAUGCUUCUCCAUGGCUUCUAACCGUUGCAGCGAGCACCAUGGACCGUGAACUUGGUUCUUACGUUCACCUUAGUAAUGGAAUGCGCCUCAAGGGAAGAGAUAUUAGCUCCAAACAAUUUCCAGAAGAUAGAUUCUACCCACUUAUUACCGGUGAACAAGCUAAAGUUGCCAAUGUAUCUGCUGAAGAAGCUAUAUCCUGCUGGAAUGGAACUCUCGACCCCCAGAAGGUAAAGGGUAAGAUCUUGGUUUGUCUUUCUCCAGCGGGUGCUGAUAAAAUUGAAAAAGGACAUUUGGGUGCUUUGGCUGGUGCCGUGGGGAUGAUUUUUUGGGACAAUAUGACUGCUGGUAGUGGUGAAUUUUACGGCGGCGUUAAUGUUUUGCCAGCAUCACAUAUCAAUCACACAGAUAGUCUCACUGUUUUUGCCUACAUCAACUCUACCAAUAAUCCACAGGCUAUGAUUAAGCCAAUGGAAGAACUGCACACAAAGCCUGCUCCGUUCAUGGCUUAUUUCUCCUCUAGGGGUCCGAACGCUGUUACACCAGAAAUCCUCAAGCCUGAUAUUACUGCACCGGGAGUACAUGUCAUAGCUGCCUACACGCAAGGAGGCGGCCCUACAGAAAAUAAUUUCGAUCAGCGCAGGACACCCUUUACUCUUAUGAGUGGAACAUCCAUGUCUUGUCCUCACGUAGCCGGAAUUGUGGGUCUUCUCAAGGCAAUUCACCCAGAUUGGAGUCCUGCAGCCAUUAGAUCUGCAAUCAUGACAACUGCAAGAACAAGAGAUAACACCGGCCAUCCAAUGCUAAUUCGAUCAAAGAAUGGAUCAUUUUCUAAGGCAACACCGUUCAGUUACGGUGCUGGGCAUAUACGGCCAAAUCUUGCAGCUGAUCCUGGCUUGGUCUAUGACUUAACAGUGAAGGAUUACAAAGACUUCCUCUGUGCACUUGGCUAUAAUAAAACUGUUAUGGAGCUCUUUUCUAAGAGUCACGUAUGUCCCAAUUCGACCAAUCCUCUCAGUAUCUUGAACUUUAAUUACCCUUCAAUAACUGUCCCUAAGCUCUCCAGCUCAAUCACAGUGAGCCGAACAGUGAAGAAUGUUGGUUCAACCAGCAGUUACACAGCUCGUGUUCGUCCACCACCGGGAUUUUCAGUUACUGUUCAACCCAAACUUCUGAAAUUUAAGAAGACUGGUGAAAAGAAAACCUUUUACGUGACUCUGAAAAAUAAAAGAAUUGGUGUUUCAAAAGGCUAUGCAUUUGGAGAAUUAUUAUGGUCAGAUGGUGUACAUAAUGUCAGGAGUCCAAUCUCAGUUGCUACCGAUGCCAGACCUCUACUAGAGAAAAGCCCAAAAGAGGAGGAAAACAUGUGUCCAAAUAACGGUGACGCUCCCACCACACCACCUCCAAAGAAAAACACAUUCAAUAGCAUUUGAAGGAACGAUCACUAUUUAUACUCUUGUUGUGAGGUUUCAACUUAGUUGUCAUGUUUUGUACAGGGAUAAUAUUUAUUGGAUUGGGACAUAGGAUAGAAAUAUAUUUGUGGAUGGGUUUCAAAAACUGUUAUAAUAUGUAUAUUUAACUUGAUUAAAAUUACUUGUUUGUCUAA